UUUAGGUCGAGGACCAAGCGAGCGUGGCGUGGUAUGCGUGUUCUUGUUCUAGCACUCGCGGAAUGGAUGAUUGGUUGGGGAGGAAUGUAGAUCGUCACCGGGAGCAGCUGAUCUCCUGGAGCCAGCUGCUGUCGCGCUCCAUGGCCGAGGCUGUAGAUCUCGCCUCGGGCCUCGAGGCGCUCCAAUCGCAGCUGGGGCGGAUGGAGAGCAAGCUGCCCGCAUUGCGCGCCAGGAUCGCGCCGCUGCAAGAGAGGUCAGAGCAGGCUAGCAGGGCAGAUCGCCACAUCGAUGCCGCGGUAGCGGCCGCGCGGCUGGCGCUCGAGAGAUUGGAGCGAUUGCGCUGGCUGGAGAGGGCUAUCGAGGGCGGGGAUCCCCAGCUCGACAUUGCCGGCUACCUCUCGGCGGUGGCGGCGCUGGAGGAAUUGCAGGGCAAUGCUGCUGGUUGCCGCGGCGAGGACGAGCAGCGGCUGGUGGAGAUCGCGGCGGACAAGCUGGAAGGGGAGUUUCAAAGGCUGGUAAGGGAAAGCUCUAGCGUUUGCGACUACAAUCCUUGCAGCUCCGCUAGCGAGGGGGGCAAGAGUCCUAGGAUGGGGAGGAAUUCGUCCAGGAGGAGGAGGAAGGGCGAGCAGGCUUUGGCGGUGGUGGCAUUGGAGGGCGAUCAUCAAACGCUGGACAAGCUCCAGAUGAUCUUGAAGAAGAUGGUGGUGUUGGUAGCGGGAGGCUUGGAGAGGUGUGUAAGGGUCUACCAGCAAGAACGUGUGAAGAAACUUCGGCAGAGCUCGUCACUGGUGGACUGGAUCAUCCGCAGCUACGGGAAGAAAUCUCCACAACAUGACAACGAGCAACAGCUACAGUCGGAGGAUUUGAUCCUCGAGUGGAACGGUCACCUGGAGACCGCCAUCACCAUCGUCUACACUGCCGAGAUUGACUUGUGCUCCAAGGUUUUCGGAGACGUGCUAGAGCCGUGGGAGGUGAACGAGUGCUUCGCAAGGAUCGCAGGACCAUCCGGAAUGCACACGCUGCUCGAGUUUGGCGAGAGUUUCGUGCGAUGGGACCGGCAGCAGCAACAUCAAACUUUCCAGAGGCCGGACAAGAUUUUCCAGCUGCUUGACAUGUACUCGACGCUACAGCAACUUGGAGUGACAAUCUCGCAGCAGCUCUUCGCCGGCAAAGGGGAGUACUCCACCCAGGUGAGGAUCCGGGCGAGGGAGCUCCACAAGUUGGCGGUGGAUUCGGCGUCCAAGCUCUUCUGGGGAUUCAAGAACCAGCUAAUCCGAUCACACCAAAGUCAGCACUACAUGGUGGAUCUCCGCGCUCCCCAAGACGCGGGCGUAGACAAGCUUAGCAGCUACGUUGUCAACUACGUCAAGGCCGUCACCUCCGACUGCUACGUCCAGACCAUGGAGCAGGUCCUCCAGAUCGAGCAGAGCUGGAAAGACUCGAAUCCGCUGAUCAACUCGGCCAAGCCCAGGGAAUUCCAGCAGCAGCGGCGGCUCAUCCUGGAGCAGGCAAUCGUGGAGAUGAUCGCGAGCUUGGAGGACGCGCUGGCGGCCAAGAGCCGGAAGUGGUACAAGGAUCUCGUCCACCAGCGCAUCUUCCUCAUGAACAACGCCUACUACGUCUUCACUCGCGUCAAGAAGCUCAAGAUCCAGCCGCCAAAGAGUGGCGGCGGUGGCGGCGACACGAUCCGGCAGCUAGCGCUCACGGAUUCGUGGCUCAAGGACCGGCGAUCCAAGGUCCAGGAGCACGCGUUGGCCUACCAGAAGGAAGGAUGGGGCAAAGUUCUGGGCCAGCUCUCCCGACAGGGAUUGUUCCUCGUGUCGGGGGCGGAGGCGGCACGGCAGCUGGUGAAGCAGCGACUGGAUGGCUUCACUGCCGCGCUGGAGGAGACAUGCGUCAAGCACCGGGGCGUGGGGAUCCCCGACCAGGAGCUGCGAGACGCGACCAAGGCCGCCGUCGUCCACAACAUCGUCCCGGCCUAUCGGAGCUAUCUCCAGAGCUAUGGCGCUCUCAUUGAGGCCUCCAGUGUGAGAUUUAGCGCCGCCGAGGUGGAGCAAACACUGACUCGAUUGUUCGAUUCCAUGCAAUGCUAGCAUUCUUUCGUUCAUUCC